AUGGCAUGCCUCCAGUGCACUUCUGUAAUAGAUGAAAAUGAACAAUAUUAUGCUACCGAUGAUAUGGGUCCUGAAAUAAUUUCGGUCAUCGAGCGGUAUCUUGGCCAUCUGGUUGAUGGAAAUGAAGUGAUGUGCUCACAAUGCUUUGGCAUCAUAAUGCAAGAGAGGCGUGCACACUCUAUUCCCGAGGGUGCCGAAAGGCAAUAUAUUGCUGAAACAAUUGCUCCAAGAGAGAUACCCGAGGGUGGUUUAAUAUGUUUUGCUUGUUGGGUACAUACUCGGCGUACAAUACAACAACAAGGAAUCAUAGCAGCUCCUGCUGUUAUGAAUAUGAAUGCAUGUGUAUGGUGCCGACGGUCUCUUGCCCAAACACGCAGCCACUCCAUACCUGAAGGACCUGAACGGACCAUAAUAACACAAACGAUAUAUCCAAGAGAGAUUCCACCAGGAGGACUGGUUUGCUAUGCUUGUUGGGUAGCAGCACGUAGAAAUGUGGAGCAUGCUACAAGGGUUGAGGAUAACCGGCAAGGCCCAUCUAAUCUUCACCAAGACUCUAUGUGUGCAUGGUGUAGAAUGUCGCUACACCGAAGGCGAACACAUGUGGCUAGUGGUCCUGUGAGAGAUGAAGUUGCAGCAAGAAUUUACCCCAAUGAGUUACCAGAACAUGCGCUACUUUGUUCCAACUGCUGGACACGUGCACACGAAAAUAUAGAAAUGGAGCAAGAAGUUGUGCAAUUUGAUAUCCAGCCACCAAGUGCAUCAAUAACACUUGAUGGUUUUACACACACAACACAGACAAGUACUCAUUGUUUUGUGCCGGCCUGUAACAAUGUAGAACGAAAUAGAGUGCCGGAAUACUUAAGAAGAAUUAUAUUAAAAUCGGAAAAAAUAUUUGUGACAGAAAAUGCAAGAGUAUGUAAUGAACAUAAAUGUUUAUACAACUGGGAGUUUCUGGACCAGCAUCAGUUCUCAAAUACAUUUACAAAAAAUGAAAUAGAGUCAAUGCUGAAGCUGAGUAUCCAGGACAAUGAAAUAAAUCAACUAGAUUUUAAUAAUAUGAGUAGUAUUGAUGAGGGACUCUUUAAGUUCUGGACUGGAAUUACAAAAGACAAUUUUAUAAAUAUUUUAAAUGUAAUAAGCCCAGCAUUGACUUGCAAAAACCAAAAAAUUGCUUUGGGAAUCUAUUUGGUGAAAGCUCGUACAGGGGACUCCCAUGAAAGGAUUGCCUCUCUGUUUCAUCUGACCAAGUCCUCAAUAACACGAUUGCUUAGAGUAGCUAAAGAGGCAUUGCUAAGAUACUUUUCAAAUGGACCACGUGAUACUUCAAAACGAAAUUAUUACUCUGCGCUGCGACAUAUUUUUAAAAGCAAGGUCAUCCUCAGGUCUAGAUUUCUGGGCAUUGGUUUCCAACGAGAAAUAUCCAAGUUUGAAGAAAUGUGUUGA